AUGGGCGAUCGCACACCAAAACACGAUCACAAGGGCGCAAAGGUCGAACUAGACACACUCACUAGGCAGAUACUGCACGAGAUCGCUGACGUAUUCGCUCUCAACUGCAUCAAGCCCUGGCAAGCCGACGAAUCGCAAUCGCAGUCUAUAGGAACUAUCAAGGCACAGGAUUUCGUAAACGUGGCGAGGCAGUUGGGAUGUGUGUUCACGGCAGCAGAGGUUAGAGCGAUCAGGCGCCAGCUGGCGAAACACAAAAUAGAAUACAUCAACGUCGACCAAUUCGUACAACUCGUCAACAACAAAAUUGCACAGGACCACGUUGACAUCGAACACGAACCGGCAACCACACCUAACCAGCUUAUUGUGCCGAAGCUUGAGGAGCUGUACGACGUGUUAGACUGGCAAAAGCAGGACAAGCUCACCACCUCUGACCUGAAGCACUUCCUGGCUGCGCCAAACAACGGAGAGUUCGACCAAAAGGUUCUUGAGGUGCUACUGAAACACGAAAACAUAAAGUUCAAAAGGAAUAUCAACAAAGAGGAGUUUGUUAAACUCUUCAAACCAGUGGAAGAUACCUCUUACUUAUCGCUCAAAAUAGUACACAAAUGA